AUGGAGAAGAAAGGGAAGCCCAUGGAGAAGAAAGGGAAGCCCAUGGAGAAGAAAGGGAAGCCCAUGGAGAAGAAAGGGAAGCCCAUGGAGAAGAAAGGGAAGCCCAUGGAGAAGAAAGGGAAGCCCAUGGAGAAGAAAGGGAAGCCCAUGGAGAAGAAAGGGAAGCCCAUGGAGAAGAAAGGGAAGCCCAUGGAGAACAUGGAGAAGAAAGGGAAGCCCAUGGAGAACAUGGAGAAGAAAGGGAAGCCCAUGGAGAAGAAAGGGAAGCCCAUGGAGAAGAAAGGGAAGCCCAUGGAGAAGAAAGGGAAGCCCAUGGAGACAUGGAGGAAGCCCAUGGAGAAGAAAGGGAAGCCCAUGGAGAACAUGGAGAAGAAAGGGAAGCCCAUGGAGAACAUGGAGAAGAAAGGGAAGCCCAUGGAGAAGAAAGGGAAGCCCAUGGAGAAGAAAGGGAAGCCCAUGGAGAAGAAAGGGAAGCCCAUGGAGAACAUGGAGAAGAAAGGGAAGCCCAUGGAGAACAUGGAGAAGAAAGGGAAGACCAUGGAGAAGAAAGGGAAGCCCAUGGAGAAGAAAUGGAAGCCCUAG